UAUCAGCCCAGUGUCUACCCAUCUUCUUAUCCCAUUGUCAAAAAGCAUAGCGGAAGUGCUAACCUCUUCUGGUAACCCAUGCGUCUUUAGGCCCAAGUCUUUAGGGCUUUUGCCGUAGAGGCCUUGGGCUUGGCUUGGUUCGUUAGAGUUGGCCGUGAGCACCGACCUCCGAUGGGGUUUUUGGGUUUUCUCCUUUGUCACCCUUUUUUCCCUCUUUUCCCUUUUUGCUUCGUCGGUAAGUGGGUGGAAGGUUCCCGAGCGACCCGCACGACAGACUUGACACAGGGCGGUCAGAUGAAGCUUAAAUUAAAGACAGCCGCAGCGCCAACAUCCUCCCAGUGCCGGCCGGAUGGUAACAUGACCGGACUUGGUGAACCGUGGCGCCGUAUGCCGUCCAGUCAGCCUUACAUAUCAACCAUAAACAGACUAAUGAACGCCAUGACGCGCAACGGGAGUAAGGGAUGGAUGACCAAACAUCUUUUUUUCUUUCUAUUCUCAUACCUUGCCUCUGCCCGUCCACCUCGGCAGGCAAAGCAUCGGACGUAGAGCCAGUCUGAAGCGUCCGUUGGCGAGAUAAAUGUAGCCUGAAACUGUAACGGGCAUGUAAGCUGAAAAGCUAUGUCGUUUGCUAUCGGCGCGUAAGACCCAUCUCGUCUGAA